AUGCCCUCGUCCACCAUGAGCAAUCCGAGCAUUAGGACCACAGGCCCAGAUUUGCAGCCAGACGAGAGUAACGACGACACGAAAUCCCCCGCAACCCGCAAAUCCCUCCACCAGAAUAUUAUUGGCAAACUGCGGCCGCUUCCUUUCCAGUACCGAUGGGUAGUAUGGUACGAAAAGCAGGUGGAGUCAACCAACUACGACGAGAGACUAUAUCUGCUACAUGGGGAUGUUGCGGAUAUCGCUACCUUUUACCGAGUAUACAACAAUUAUCCUUGGGAUAAAGUCAAGCUGCGAGAUUCAGUACAUAUUUUCAGAAAAGGAACGAAGCCAAUAUGGGAGGACCCCGAGAACGCGAACGGCGGGUGUUGGACUUUCCAGGUCCCCAAGGCGAAAUGCCACGCCUUCUUUCACGAACUAGCCAUUCUCUGCAUGGCGAAUGAACUACAAGCCGCCGUGCAAGGAGAGCACGAUCAUGUUCUGGGCGUGUCUUCCUCCGUCCGUUUCAAAACCCACCUCAUCUCUGUCUGGAACAAAGCCGGUAGAAAUGAAAAAUCCAUCCGAAUACUUGGGGAGACAAUCAUCGAGCGCCUUUCCCAUGAACUACGACCGGCCUCGUCAAAAACGUAUUACUAUAAACGGCAUGACGAGCAUGACGGGUAUGAAGCUGCCAUGAAAGCUGCCAUGAAGAACAAAGAGGAGAGUAAUAAUGCCACAAAUAAAGAGACCAGCCAAUGUCCAUCAAAGGACCCCGGCGGCGGGGAUGAAGCUGGGAAGUAA